AUGAUUAGGAGUAGACAAUCAAAACAGUACGUUUGUUUUAUUAUUAUUCACCGGCCAAUAAUAUUGGUUCAUUAUUUAAGGCUUCCAACAUGGACAGCUUUGACAGCCUAUGGCACCCUUUACGUGAAUCCUGAUUGUAUCAGAGCCUUGGUCAGUAAAAACCAUGAUUCUCUUGAAUAUAUUGUUGGUAAUCAGUUUCGAGAAACUGGAAAAAAUUGGUAUUUGACUAGAGUUGUACCGGAACACUUGGUGGUCAAGCGACUUAGAAAAGAAAACAGAGGAAAUAGAGUGGAUGUGUGGAGAGCCGAGAAACCCACGACAUCGCGUAUACUAAACAAGCAUUCGCAAAGUUUCUGGCUCGAAUCAUAA